AAUAGUUGGAGGGGUGUAACAUGCAGAGCACAGUCAACAGCGCCAUCAGGAUCACUAAGGGAAAAUAACUAUUAGAUUAAAUAGAGAGGCAAUAAACCAUGUCGCUUGCAGUUCCAUUGAAAGAUAUCCAAAGUGCACAAACGACAUUAAAGGGGACAGCUUUAAGAACGCCGCUUGUCCCAUUGAAUUACUCUGCUGCAGAAGGUAUCAAGAUUUACCUAAAACUUGAAAACCUACAACCUAUUGGUUCAUUCAAAUUAAGAGGGGCUUACAACGCUAUCAACUGUAUUCCACAUGAAAAACUAUCUAAUGGUGUUUACACAGCCAGUGCUGGGAACUUUGCCCAGGGUUUAUCAUGGGGAGCCAAGCAGAUGAAGAUACCAUGUAAUACUAUUGUUCCAGACCAUGCACCACAGACCAAAUUAGAUGCCAUUGAGAGACUAGGUGGAAAAUAUUGCAAGGUGCCUUUUAAUACAUGGUGGACAGUCAUUCAGGAGCAUCACUACGAUGGAGUUGCCGGGACCUUCAUUCAUCCAGUUUGUGAAAAGACUGUCAUGGCAGGUAAUGGUACUAUUGGACUUGAGAUUUUAGAAGACCUUCCAGAAGUUGAUGCUGUAAUAAUGCCAUUUGGUGGUGGUGGACUAAGCUGUGGCAUUGCCUCAGCUUUUCAUGCUCUCAAACCUAGUGCCAGAAUGUACGCUUGUGAAGUAGAAACUGCUGCACCGCUGGCUGAGUCAUUCAAGAUACAAAAACCUACUUCCUGUGAUUACAAGGCAAGUUUUGUGGAUGGCAUGGGAGGGAAGUCCGUACUUGAUGAGAUGUGGCCAAUGGUAAAGGAACUUCUCAUAGAUUCUUUGGUAGUCAGUUUACAGGAGGUGGCAGAUGCAGUGAAGUUAUUGGUGGAGAGAAAUCGUGUUGUGGCAGAAGGUGCUGGUGCGGCCCCCGUGUCAGCAGCACUGGCUGGGAAAGCAGGCACUGGGAACAUUGUAUGUGUUAUAUCUGGAGGAAACAUUGACACGGAUAAACUGAUACCAAUUCUUCAAGGAAAGGUACCUGUCAAAUAGUAUCCUAAUUACUACAGUUAUACCCCCUUUACACUGGACGGCGUCCUUUCUGCGACCAUGAAAUUUGGCAUCACUGUGGUCUUAAUUAGAAGGCAGGAGCAUUGGUUUUGCAUGAAAAUGAAUGCUCAAUGAUCGGCCAGUUGUCGGCACGUAAAGUAUUAUAAUUUUUUAACUCUCAAAUGGGGUCGUACUGCUGGACGCAGAAAGGACGCCGUCCAGUGUAAAGGGGGCUUUACUGGUUUCAUAUACUAUGUAAGCAGCAAACAAGACAGAAACAAUUUUCAGAAAUAUAUUUCUAUUUGUCAACAAUGUCUUUUUAAAUCUUCACAUGAUUGAAAUAUUUAUUUUGACAUAGUGUUGAUAGUGUGCCUCUUGUCACUUGAAAUAUGUGACACUAUCCCCUUUUGGGCAUAUAUUAAUACAUGAUUUAAUAAA